AUGGACGGUGACCCGGAGGACGAGCGUUCGUAUAUACCGGGGUCGAAUGGCACACAUCUCGAGACUGGCAGUCUAGGCAAAUUCAGCGGCCCGUUGUUUAGCUCAGAACCGGAGGCGUACGAUGAAGAAGUCUCUCAUUCGACAGCGCCAUCGACAGCUCCGUCUUCCUAUCACUCACUGGCCAACAGAACGAACAAUCUGCCGGCUCUCGCGCCGCGUCCAAAAGGCGUACCAGCCAGCGUGACUUCUGCAACUAGCGAUGUAGAGAAGUCUCGCGGCCGUCGCAACCGUAACUUCGACGAGGUCAGCUUACAUCGUCGUCUCGCGUGUCCGUACGCAAAGAUCGAUCCGAUAAGAUUCUCUCCCGUCAACAAGGACGAGAAAAGCUUCCGUGGAUGUUCCAGCUGCGUGCUUCGGAAGAUCGCUGUGGUGAAGAAUCAUCUUGCUCGUGUGCAUGCCGAGCCUACGAUUUACUGCCCUAUCUGCUACGUUUCAUUGAGCACAGUCGAGGCACUGCAACAGCACAAAGAUGCCGACCAGAAAUGUAGGCCAAGGCAGCGACCUUUUCUGACCGCGAACGAGCUUGAAGUCAUGAACACAAAGCGAGCCAAGGUCCGCAACCCGGUGGACACUUGGUACGAUAUCUUCGAUACAAUCUUUGGCGCCAGCCAGCCCCGGCCGCCGGAUCCUUACGCUUCGUCUAUGGGCGAUGCAGCCGUCAGCUCGUAUGAGCUUUUAGCGGAUUUCCAGGACACAUUCAAGAAACGACUGAGCUCAGUGGACGGGAUACCUCCCGAGACAAGAAGCCUGGUCGAGCAAGUGCUGUCUGAAACUGCGACCGAUGUUGGCUCAAAGCUGUGGACUGAAAUGACCAACGGAGGAGCAGCGGUCGAUGCGUCUAGAAGAUCGUCAACCACUGUGCUGUCAGAGUCGAACGAUGUUGACAUCAAUGAGUUCAUGAACAUGAAUGACUGGUCAGUCUUACCGCCUUGA